CUCCCGAGAAUAUCAUGUCAAAAAACUUAUUCUCUCCCCACGAACAACCGAAAACAUCUAAACAAUAAUCGUCUGAUCUUGCUUCGAGAACGACCAGUGAUGAUCGAUCGGCCCGGCCGUCUCCGAGUAGCGAAGAUGCCCGGACAAUGACAGCGCGUGAACUUCAUUGAUAACUCGCCUGGCCCCCGAGAUGUGCAGUGAAAGUGAAGUGUACAUGUGAACGAUCGGACGAUAUGGGAUGACAGCAAAUACAGAUUCAUGGAAAAGGUUUGGAGAAGGGUCGGCCUCCAUUCCUCCCGGAAGAAAAGGGAUGGAAGCGGCACUAGCGCGGAAGUGACGGCGGCGCUCCCGGAGGCGGAGUACCAGAAUAUCCAUACGCUGCGAACGGCGGAUCUGAUCAGGCAGAGGCAGGGCGAGGAGAAGUCGACUCUGCGCUCCUCGUACAUUAUCAAGAACGGGGAUAACUUCAUCCUGGUGGAGAGGCGGCGUCGUCGGCGUAGACGGAGCGGUACCCGCGCCUCGUCGGGCAGCCGGCACCAGACACCACCUGUGGAGGAGAACAGAACCGAGCAGAAACGUCGUCCGCCAGCCAAGUUGAAGAUAUUCGGGAUCCAAUGGCCCUUACACUCCAGUGACUCAAGGCACACGUCGAUAACUCGUCGCUUCUGUCGCGGUCGCCGGUCGCGCGACGACAACGAGCUAUACCGCUCCAAUAGCUUCAAGUUCGAGCGAUUCGCGCGCGAGCAGCCGGCCGACGAGUUCAGCACUGGAUCACAGGCGGCACUGUGCGCAGACUACAGUGUUCCCGUGGACUGUGUGUCCGCCGGACCAGCACCCAGACCCAGCUCCUUUCAUGAGAUCUCUGCUCCUAAGGUUGAAUUCAUAGAAGCGUACUGCACACCCCGUGACACAGCGCGUCGGUCGCCCCAGCGGAACCGCCGCUCCCGGGAACCCAGACGAUCACCAGACUCCACCAAAUGGCGAUCAGAUUCCCGUCGUAACUUCGACUUCGACACCAGACGUCCGUACGAGUACGAGUCCAGGAGAUACUUCGGGAGGGAGUACGACGAUUCCAGCCGCAGGCCCGCGUUUGAUGCGGAGUCGGCGAGACGACGAGCAGACUACGAGUCGGCCAGACGGACUGACUUCGACCUAUCCGCUCCCGAAGUCAGACGAAGCCCAGAGAGUGCCCCAGAAGGUUCGGCCGAGUCGCCGCCGGAGCCUGCACCGUCCGCGCCCUUGAGCCACGAGAGGCAGCCGAGACACAGAUCACAACCAUACUACGAAUCAGAAUCAUCAUCGGAGGAUAGAUCGUCCUCAUCCGAGGGCGAGGAGGACGAGUUCGGUGAGUUCGAUCCGUUCGCAACCGCCCCGUCCCUGCACUCACCCGACAGCGGGCGCUCCGACCCGCGCUACGCCAACGCGCCGCGCAGGAACCCCAGCCCCUAUUACUACGGCGACCUGUUCAAGACCGCCCCCCCGCCGCCCGCACCAUCCGCGCCCACCGUGUCCACAUCCUCGUCCCGAGGCCCGCGCUACAGGAAGUCAGCCAGCCUCGACGCCCCCCACGUCGCCCAGCGACCGAACCUGCCCAAACGAUUCUCGGUGGCGGAGGAUGGCUUCCGUGAGCUAGAGAGGUCGUCCUCUUCGUCCGGCGAGAGCGCGUGGAUGCCGCCGAGGCGCCGCGGGCGCGACGCGGCCGGCUGCGUGUGCGCCGCGCCCGAAGAUGUAGAGGAGCAUCGGCCGUCCCGCAGCGUGUUUUACGUGCCGGCGCCCCUGCCGCGCUGGCCCCGAGAGAUGAGCACGCGACAGAUCUACGAGACCGCCUUCGACUGCAAGAUAGCCCGCUCCGACGAUGACCUGGACGACUUCGACCGGGUCAGCAACCACCCGGCCCUCCUGCAGGCCGAGGAGCGGAAAGUGAUCUCGUCCGCCUCGUCCGCCUUCGAGGCGGUCGAGCGCGGCGAACCGGACUACAAAGGUCGCCGGAAGGUGACCAUGAAAACGGACAGCGUGCGCCGCUCCAAAAUACCCACUAUCCGUCAAAAGAGAGAAACGGAAAACAAUGCUUGCGCCCUGUCUGAAGAGCUCGAGAAAGUGCAUAUCGAGGAGGACGAGCGCUCGACGUCGUCGCAGCUGCCCCUGCGCGGGUACACUCCGUCGCCGCCGUCGACGGCGCCCCUCCCGACAAAAUUUCAGCAAAAGGAUGGAUACGCCAUGAACAGUAUAAAGAGUGCCCCGAACUUGCCCCAGACGCAGCCGGCUCAUCCCCGUCUCAAGGACCUAAGGUUACCCGUGAAAUCGUUACGAGCGAGGGAUACGCCGACCAGCAGCGACGCGAGCAUGACGGACGUCAAGGCUUCGGUGUCGACGGAACUCGACGUGGGACAGCGCUUGAGGGAUUCGAGUCGGGAAUCUCGAGAUGGAGACGAUGAGAGGGGACAAUCUAAAGACGGUAUUUUUUUAGAGAUUAAGGGUCGACCCACCUCCGAUUCGGACACACCUGAACUGAAUCGGUACCCGGGGCCCAAGGGGGUCGGCCCUAUAAUGGAGUUCAAAGGCAGGCCUGGCAUUGCGCGUCCGAGAAGAAAGUAUUCCAGCACCGAGAGUAUGGCUACGAGCAGUAGCGGCGGAAGCAUGGAGUCGCUGCGGAGUAGUAACAGCGAGGGCGAUAGGAGUAGCAGUAGUUCCGAAAGUAGGCAUUCUUCUUCUCUAAGUUCGCACAGCUCAGAUUCGGGCAACGUCCCGUUUAUGAAGUCACACCACAUGCAAUUGUCCGGGUUCGGCCACCAUCCAACUAAGUUACAUAUUUUGAGCCCUAUAUCUGACAAGUCCUCGCAGGAACCAGCGUCGGAGACGUCAGACAACAACAAAAACAACAACUCGCAGAAAGUGUCGCCGGAGGACGCGGAAACUGGAAACACGACUAUUCAGACGACCGUCGAAAUACUACCCAAACCUAAGCGACGCGCGUUGCAAAAUAGAAACUUACUGAAUCUUGCUUUUCGACACUCGACACCGGGUGACACUGAGAUUCAAGGAUCCGACAGUGGCAUAUCCAUUCACUCUAGAGAAGGUGUCGAUUCGCGAAAUGCGUUCAUAAAUUUUAAAAACAGUAACACCGAAGAGGAGCGAAAGGACGACGGGGGAGACCUUUCCGAUCUUCCAUUCGAUAUGCCUAAACUGAGAAGACGUCGAGCCGAAGCCGAAGUCGAUUUGAGAUCCUUGCCAUUUGAUAUGCCAAAAUUACGCCGCAAACUGCGCGGACAGUCCCUCCAACUCAACAGCGACUUCGGUGAAGCGAUCUCCAACGCGUCGUCCAGCCAAAGCGUUCAGGAUUUAAAUCAAGGAAAGAAGCACAAACUCACGUUGAAUUUCGACAGUGGCAGCGGUGGCGGCGGUUCUAAGGGCUUACAUCUGAAUUUGGGUCCUAUCGCCCCACCUCGAGAUUUGAUUGACUCCUCUUUGCCACUUGACCGACAAGGGUGGUACCAUGGGACGCUCUCACGCUUGGAGGCGGAGGGUCUGCUGCGGGACGCCAACGAAGGCGCCUUCCUCGUGAGGAACAGUGAAUCCACUAAACACGACUACUCGCUCAGUUUGAAAUCGACUCGUGGCUUCAUGCAUAUGCGUAUCUGUCGUGGCGGCGAGGGCUACACUUUGGGUGGUGCGGCUACCGCCUUCCCUACCGUCCCUGCACUGAUGCGGCAUUACGUCACAGCCCAAAGACUGCCAGUUCGAGGAGCGGAGCACAUGGCACUCUCCACACCUCUUCAGGCAGUUCUACUCUGAAAGAAGAAUCAGAAGGAAACUGGACCGAUUCAAGAACUGUCGGAUUCAAUUCGUAAACUUUUCGAAUCAUUCGGGAAGUUUCCGACCGAUUCGAAAACGGUUGGGAGUGAAUUCGAAAAUUUUUCGAUCCGAGAAGUUUCGAAUGGGUGUAAAUUUUGGAAGGUUUUGAUAUUUAUUCGUAAAGUAAGCGGUUAUGUGUUAUAGCUUAGAUCAGUGAAUGAUACCAAAGAUAGUGUAAGCGUAAGGCUUGACCUGAGGUUCUGAACCUCGCUAGUCCCACGAGUUUUGAUACUGUAUGCUUUUUCUAUAUCACUUAAUGUUAACGAAUUAGUGUUACAGUAUGCUUUAUUCGCUAUUUUAUUUAUAUUUCGCGAUGAUUAUUGGACCAAUUCAGAAUAGGACGGCCGUGGCCUAAAAGACGCCUGUUCGGUCGAGGCGCUUUUCCAGUACGUAUUUAGGUAACUUAUUUAUUUUAAUAUUUAUAGAACCUAGAUUAUUUUAUUUAGACGCAAGUUUGAUAUAGUUUAAGCCGUAACGCCAUCUAUCGAAUGCAAUGGGAAAGCGCCGGUCGUGAAUGCAGAUUAAUAUAUUUUACUCCAUAGUAGUAAGGUUGGUUUUGAUACUGUGUGUAUUUAUUUAUUUUUUCACAACACUUUAUCAUUAGACUUAAUUCAUACACGAGUUAUGGCCGUGCAAUCUUUUCAAUUCAUAAGUAGCAAUAGUAUUAAGAGUUAGUAACUUUUGCACCGCAAUAGGACAGUUUUACAAUGUAAUAGAAUAAGGAGUGUCGGAGGCACAGGAGUAAAAGGCCAAGGCCCAAGACGCGAUUGCGUCUUACAUGAUGUAGCAAUCGUUUCUAGUAAAUAACCCAUAUUUAUGGCACAUUCGCGUAUAAUUAAGAUCAUAGAAAGAUUGCACAUGUUAUGUAAUAUUCACAUUGACUUAUUUAUAUUUUUUGUUACAUUAGACUUAAUUAAGUAGGAUUACGAUGUUUAUGGGCCCCUCGUAUUUAAUAUAGAUUAGAUAUCGACGCUUCAUUUUCACCGAAAGUGAGGUAGCGAUGUGACAUUAUAGUUUUUUCUGUGAUUUAGUUGGAUAAAAGAAAAGCCAAAAAAAUUAGUGUUUAUAGAGCGUUAUGCUUUAUUUGUGAAUAAAUGUCCGGAUUGAUAGCGAAUGUUGAAAAACGUGAUCUCAAAUAUCUUCCUGAGCGAUUCAGUUACCUUAGACUUAAUUUAUAUUAAUUUGUACCUGAUUUUGUAACUAACAACGUUGUUCGAGACUUAAAAUUGUGUUUGGAUGUUUUGUUGAGUGAUUUGAAUUGUAUUUACACUGGAUGUAACGAGCGAAUUUUGAUGUGAAGUAUAUUUAAGGUUACUAAACCACCGCGCAGCAGCUACGCAAGUGUGCAACUAAUUUUAAUAACAAUAAUUAUUUACAUAAUAUUUUACUAGUAUACUGCGUGUGAGCAAAAUGAACAAUUGAACGACUUGGCUACGCGCUAACGCGGCCUCUGCUCAUCCGCUUGUACCGCAUAAGUAACGUAGUUCUAUAAAGGAUUGUAGGUUAAUGUAUGUAUAAUUUUUUGUUGAACAUUUUGAAGUGUCAAAAUUUUUGCAUUAACGACGUAGCGAGGUCGUAUGUUAGGUAGUUAUAGCUUACCCUAGUUAUAAUCAAUUUGAAGGUGUAGUUUGAAAACGAAUGAUAAUAAAAAUGUUUAAAAUUC